AAGCAACUUAUAGAAGUCCAGAUGCUUUUCUUUUCAAGAUUUGCCAGUUUUGUAGGUAUAUUAAACUGACUUUAAUAAAUAUACACUUAUUCAUUUGUUGUACUUCUUAGACCAUUUUGAUGGAGACAGUUAUUAACCUCUGUGUGGCAGGCAAGGUAGAACCUACACACAGGACUUGGAGACAGGGGAAUAAACUAAAGGAGACAGCUUCAUUUGCUGUAACAAGAAACUGUAAAACAAAAAAUACAAAAAUGCAGGCCAGGAGGAAACCAGGAAACUGUAAAACUCGGAACUUGAAACUAGGGAUAAACAAAGGAAACACGGCAAAUUGGGAUGAUGUGACAACAAGCAGAGGUAGACUGAGUAGAGUUAGAAUUUCGUUCAGGAUAACGAGAGGAUGGGCAACAGAAGGGAACACAGCUAGAACUAAUGCAAACUAAAGAGACAGAGAAAGGAACACUGAACAAGACACACACGAGAUGAGGUACUGUCAAAAUAAAACAGGAAGUGACACACACUGAGUCAAAGACAAUGAAAUGUGAAUUUGGCACUGAGACCAGGGUGGACAAGCGUAAACAAACACUGGGACAAGACUGACUAAAUACAGAGGCGAGCAUGAGGGACACAGGGAAGGAAACCAAGAUACAAGAGAACAUCACACUGCGCUUUGUGGUCAAGAUGACAGAAGAGAAGCUGAGGGAGGCUGAGGCCGCCGGCCUCCAUAAAGUCUUCAAGCUUCAGAGCUCCCUCACCUGCAACUCUGUGGUAACGAUUGCCACUUAUUUGCACACACUCACAGCAGGAUGAAUAAAGUCUUUGGGUGCUUUUCUGUGAAAUCCCAAGAAUUUAUUUACAUAUUUACAAACCAUGUGAAACAUCAACAUUUUUCCAUUUGUUUUUCAAGUUCUAUUUAGCCAUGUGGGCAGCCAGAAAAAGUACGAGUCUGUGCAGGAUAUCCUCAAAAAUUUCUUUGAUUUACAGAUGAAGUAAUUUGUGCUGAGAGGACAGGUUGGCAGGCGUCCUGGGAGCAGAGAGUGCCGAGGUUUAAGUGGUUUUUAUGUUUGUUUUUUCUCCAUAUCCAGUCAUAAGUGCGUCUUGUUAUUCACAUAUGAAAGUACAACUGUAGUGUCCCUGUAGCACAGUCAUAUAAAUAUUGCUACAUAUGUUUUGCAAAUUUUAGUUUGCAUACUUUCAACAACAUGAUAGAAACUGCAGAGUCCUGCACUGGUAUGCUACUGGACUGUGGGAAACCAGGUGCUUAGUCUUGCACGGUUAUUAGAGCAUAUCACAGCACUCAAAAGCAUUGACUGUCAUAAAUAAGUUAUGACGUCAGUAAAAUAACAAAUUGCAAUUUAGAUUUUUGUUAAAGUUCACAAAGAAACACAUUGCUUAUGUGCAGCAACAUUAAAGAUGGGCAAGCAGACCAUUCUUCACUUCAAAACUGCUACCAAGAAUUAUAAAUUAUGUGUUUUGUUUGAUGAAUUUUAAGAGAAGAUAAAGGUUAUGUUACAAUACACACAACCUAUAAGAAGAUGGCUUAGAUAAUUGGAAAGACUCAGUAAGUUAAAACUAACUAAAAUAAAGGGACUCUGUUCUAUAAUCCACUUGUUAGUGUUUCGCCUUUACCUGUAAAUAUUUUUUGGCUGGUCAUGUUAUACCUUUAAAAAACACAAUUUUGACUUGCUUACAUUAAUUAUAUGGUUUAUUUGAAGUUGUGUUGCUAUUACUGUGUUACUAUUGUGUCCUGUUUCAUGUCACUUGCCACAUAUUUUGCCUCCAAAAUCAGAGCUCUGUAGAAAUAUUUAAAUAUUUACGUAGGGGGAAACAAGUAAUAUUUUGUUGUAACUUCAGCAGACAGCACAGCUCGAGUUUCAUACCAUUAACAUGUUUGUUUUAAACCUUAAACUUCUUUUAAAAGCUUGUCAAUGCAAAACUACUGGAACAUUUCUAUAGCUAACAAAGCCUAAACUGAAAACCAAUGAGCUCUUUUGAUUUUGGUGAUAGCUGACUAAAUGAAGAGGAAAAACAUUCCCAAUUUUUUCUUUUUACAUGCAGCCUCUCAUGCGGUUACCAGGGAAACUGGUGGACCAACUUAAAAGAGAUAUUUCCUGCCAUUUAGGAAAUGCUCAUCAAGAGUUUGCCUUUCUUGGAUAAACACCUUCUGUCUGGGGCUGGAUGGACACUGAUUAGGACGUAGCAGGAAUUUCCUGACAACUGUUGCCGCCCUUUCAAUCAUAAGUGCCAGCCAGCCUUAGGAACAUGGCACUUUGGAGAGAGCUAAGGGAAUAUGAACUCAAUCAACCUAAAGUGCAAAAACUAUGAACCCACUUCUUUUGAUCACUUUUAUUGGCUUUAGUUUCACUGUGAGUCAUAUAUGGGAGAUUAUAACAAGAAUUUUAGUUUAGUGUUUUUAAACAAAGGCAGCGUUUGCUCUGAGACAGACAGGUGAACAAGCCUCCAGACUUAAAAGAAGCCAGACCUGACAGUGCCGCAGUCAUGGGUGAGUGGGGCUUCAUCGGUGGAUUCUUCGAUGCCCUCCAGACACACUCGCCGAUGCUGGGCCGUUUCUGGCUCUUCCUCAUGCUGGUGUUUAGGAUAGUGAUCCUGGGAACUGUGGCCAGUGACAUGUUUGAGGACGAGCAGGAGGAAUUUAUCUGUAACACCCUCCAGCCAGGAUGUAAGCAGGUGUGUUAUGAUGAGGCUUUCCCCAUCUCCCAGUACAGAUUCUGGGUGUUUCAUAUAGUCCUCAUUGCUACACCUUCUCUGCUUUUCCUCGUGUACGCCACACACCAGCAUAAAAAGAGUGCUAAUCCCCCCCCAUCGAGUAAAAGGUGGAGCAGCGAGAACAGAGAAGAAAAAGCUUUAAGGAGGCUUUACAUUAUCACUGUGAUCUUCCGCUUGGUGGCAGAAAUUGUCUUUCUAUUUACCCAGUGGUAUCUCUACGGCUUUGAGGUAAAAGCCUAUUUUGAAUGUAGUCGUUCUCCCUGCCCCCUGACAGUGAAGUGCUACACCUCCCGGCCUGCAGAGAAGACAAUCUUUCUCUUCUUCUACUUUAUUGUAGGGGUGAUAUCAGCAUUUUCCAGCUUUUUUGAGCUUCUUUACAGCUCUCGAAAGUGGUUUUGCUCAAACGACGAGGACAAAAUCUACUACUGUGACUGCGAGAACCUCCACAACCUCGAGAAAGAGGAGACACAGGAGAAAUCGGGAGGAAAUACGUUGUCAGAGAGAACAGCCAGCAGUGUGAAAGUGAAGAAGGGAUCAGUGAGAAGCAGCUCCGGUCGAAAGGUCUAUUGCAAGUGCAAGAGUCCAAGAGGAAAAUAUGUGAGAAGGAAGAUGCUUAUGGUGUGAGAUGACUCUGCAGUAGCACAUGCUGCAAUCAAAGCAUCCUCUAUUUUCUAUUUUAAACUCACAGCAACAUUUCUAAUUCCAUUUCACUUGAAAGAAUUUCCCUUUUUAGGAGUUUUUACACACUUCAAAAAAAAUGCAUGGAAGCUAACCCAUCAAAUUUCAGGAAAUGAGUAAAGACAACACAGAUGAUAAGAAGGACAAGAAGGAUGCGUGUGAGACAUUGUUGACUUGUUCGUUCUGGUGACUGAUUAAAGGCUUAAAGGAGAACUUUCUGGAAUUCACUUGAUAACACUUGUUAAGACUGAUUGCAUUUUGUGUUUGUGUUGUUCCCACUUUAAAGGACAAAUCCGCCCUGAGGCAGCGUGUGAAGAUUAAUUUAUUUAAGCAGAUCUGGAAAGUGAAGUAAGGCUUUGUAAAUGGAGGCAUCUGUCUCUAUCCAAUCUGUAAUGUUGGAAUUAUUUCAAGGUAGAGUGACCAAAUUCCCAGCAAAGUAAAUGUGAAGACAAAGUGAGAUGCUGGGAAGCAGUCUGAAAUUUUUGUGUCUACUUUAAAAAUACAAAUACACCAAAUUCUGCACGUUAUCAGAUUGUAGGAUGUACAUGCAAACUCUGUUACUCGGAAUAUAUCGCUGCUUCAUUUCAUUCAAGGUAGUUUCCAUCGUAUUCACCAAAAUCUGCAAAGCUUUUACUCGACUUGAAGCCACUUGUGAGUAUAUCAUUAGGCGCGUUAACCUUCUGACUAUCAGAAAAAAACUUCCCUUCUGUUUCAAAUGCCAGACUUCAGAAAAGUGCACAGCCAGCAGUACUAGUCAAAAUGUGUGGCAUUGUCUCAAGAUGUAGGGGAGGGGUACAAGGAAUAAAGUCGCACAUAAAGAGGGACGUCUGGUCACCCUGUUUUUCAGGGUUUUUUCACUGUGUUUUUGAGUUUCUGACAGAGAUUUAAGAGUUUCUAUAACUGUCAGGGGGCUGGGUCUCCAUUUUCACUUCUGUUGUAUUUUUGAGUUCUUAUGUUAUAUUGAAAUUGUGUUAAGUUCUAUUAUUAUUAUUAGUUUAUCUGAGAUGAAUUUUAGUUAAUAUUUCCAUACCCCUUGGUUUAUAUAUCAUGUUUCCUGUCUAGUCUGUCAUGUGUUUCAUCUUUAUGUGUCCACAUUGUAAAGUUUGUGUGUCAUGUCUAUGUUCCAUUAUGUUUCCUGUUUUAUUUUGAAAGUCUUGUGUUUCCGUGUUCAGCGUGUUUAGUUUUGCUUCCCCUGUGGCAUCAUGCUUAAUUGUGUCAGGUGUGUUUCCCCAGGUGUUUCCACUUCCCUCAUUAUCCUUCUGUGUAUUUUAGUCCUUUGUCUUCCUCUGUUCAGGGUCCGUUCUGUCAGAGUAGCUGGUGUGUUUGUGAAGCAGACCCAAAUGCAGACACGGGAGACAUGAACUGAGGUUUAAACACAAAGCGAACCUUUAUUACAGCUGAUACACAAAACAGAAAAAACAAGGCGAGGGGAAACUAAGAUUAACUAUGAAAACAAUGAAAAGAACUUUCAAAAUAAAACAGGAAACAUAAUUGAAUGUAGACAUGACACACGAGCUAAAAGUAAAACUUAGCAUCAGCACUUUACUUAGCAGAUCACAGACUGAGGUUAUUCACUCGGCUCAUUACUCAUUACUUACAGUUAGUCACAAAUUAGUCUCUACUCACUGAUUAUUUUUGUUUGCUGAUCAGCUUUUCAGAUAACUAUGCAGUACAUGACUGUGAUACAGUAAUUGUGUUUUUGUUCAAAGCAAAUAAAAUCUGCUUUCAUCAAGUCAUAGCUAACUUAUUUAAUAAAAUAAAAAUAUAAUUACAUCACGGUUUCCAACUCUUGUGAUGGAGCUUGUAACUUUCAGUUUGUUUGUUUUGUUUAGUUUUUCAAAUGUGUGUUUGUUUGCUUUUUUUAAUGAAUGGACAGUCGAUAUGACUGUAAUUGAAUUAAAUCAGGUUAUUAAAGCCAUAUUGCGAUAUUAUUGUGAGGUACGCCUGUCAUGGUCGCCUGGUAUGUCUUUAUUUGGGGUUCAUAACUUGUGACUAAUGGUUUUAUCAAUGGUUAAUGUAAGAUUUGCUGACAUUCUACGGGGCCAACUCACUCCACCCAGUGUGGGUUGACUGGAAGUGAAAAAUCCACACACUUCCUUUCUAGAAAAAAAAGCCUUAGAGGACAAACUCAAUUUAGUAUAAGGAAUGCAUUACUCGCAUUCAUAUCUGCACUGCCUUUUCCCAGUCGAUUAACCUUUUUUUUUUAAAAUUCAUCUUCAUUUGUAAUCAUCUGCUAACCAAAACCAUGGUUAAAAUGUCCAAACCUUCAAUAGAGGGUACAGUCUACAAAAGUGGUGUUACAUUUCUUAAAGGAUGACUUCACAUCACUCUAACUCCUAUUUAAAAAUGCUACAGCAUCCUUAUACAACAAAGAUCUCAAGUGGAGUUUAACGAAUUGAAUUUCUCCUUUUGAAGUGGAGUAUUUAGCCUCGACGGCUGGGAAACUUUCAGAGGCGCACACCAGCAGCAGGCAGCUGGACUGGUUGCUCAGCUUUUAUAUUUGUGUCUCCGACACGGUCGUGAGCGAAUGAAUAGACUCUUUGUGAGUUCAACGGUGUUUUCUUUUAUUGAUGUCACAACACAUUUCACUAUUAAUAAUCAGACACAGCAGCUUUUCUCCCGGCGCCCUUUUUCAAAGGAUAUCGUAGUGUACCGUCAAUAAGUUGCUCUAGUGCCGGCACACCACACACCACGAGACAGCAUGCGCGCGGUUUCUGUUUGUGGCCGAGGAUCAUGGGGGAUGAAUGUAAUCAUGUCAUAAGAAACAAGCUCUGUGGCAUUUUUCAGAGUCGUUGCUGCGCAAGUUUGGACACGAACCUGUUGUUUUUGUUCAUGAGUUUAUCGCGCUGAAUUUCAUUCAGUGUGCAGUCAAAAAAAUUGUUAUGUAAAGCCUUAACCCUGUAAUGCCAAGAGUAUCAUAUUUGAUACAUGAGUUUUUGUGAGUGUUCGAGACCUCUGCAUCAUCACUGUGGAUUUUCUUUCCUCCUGAAAAACCUAAAUAAAUUGCACAAUACAUUUUAAAGCAAUAAAUUGGAAAAAAAAAAGAUUUAUUAGUUCAUUUCUUUUUUAUUUCAUUUGAAAGAAGGUUAAAAAAAUUGUACAUUUCUGGCAGUUAUUUCAUGGUUCAGACUUUAACGGUUUAAAAACGUUACCCUUUGCGAUCAUCUGAUCUCAAAACUGCUGUUGCUAGGUGUUUUUUUCAGUUUGCCUGUCUCAUUUUAGUGUCUUUGUUGUAGCUCCAACACUGACUCUGACCUAAAUACUUGUGUCACAUGCACAGGUGGUGUAAAAUAUUCUAAUCAAAGCAGUCUCAUUUGAUCACCACUCAGCUGCACAACAUGAAUAUUAAAGCCCCCCUCUGCUCAGGAACUUGUUUUGCUUGCUGUUACCUCACUUGGAUGUUUGACCUUGACGGUACGGGCAGUGUAUGUGUAAAAGCUAUUUCUCUCAUGUUCUUUUGAAUGACAGAGAUGGUUUCCCUCUGCUCACCUCACAUUUCUGGCAAGCAGGUGUUUUCCUGCCAGGAUUAGUGACAAAACUGGUUUGGGACACCAGUUGUAUAACAAAAACUUCCAGAAACUCCAGACAGUGAAUUUUUGUGCCCUGCAGUGUAACCACUGUUGCAUAAUUAUAAGUUGCGUAAUAAUGAUAUAACUUACCCUUCACUGAUUGGCCCUUUUAAUAGGUACACAUGUCACAACUCGGUGAGUUUAGCCAUGUUGACGUGAUCAAGUCCAUCAGAAUGAGGAAGAAAGGUGAUUUAAGGUUCUCUGAACACGGCACGUUGGUGCUGGAUGGGCUGGUCUGAUUAUUUCAGACUGGGAUUUUCCCACACGCCGACAAAAAAUAAAAAUCCAGUGAGCAGUUCCUGAUGGCAGAGGUCAGAUUGCCAGACUGCUUCGAGCUGAUGGAAAGUUUACAGAUAACUCAAAGAACCACUCGUUAUAACUAAGGAAUGCAGAAGAGCAUCUCUGAACAACACAACGUUGAAGCGGAUGGGCUACAUCAGUAGAAAACCACACCUGGUGCCACUCCUGCUGGCUAAGACUUUCAAACCGAGGGUACUGCUGACACAGGCUCAUCCGAAUCGGCCAACAGGCCACUGGAAAAAAAGUUUCAAUCAUAAACACAAAAGCGUGGAUCCUUGCAUCAACACUUCAGCCUGCUGCUAGUGGCCGAAUGGUGCAGAUGAUCAUUUAAACACUACAGCAUACCUGGGAGUUGUUGCUAACCAUGACCGUGCCUUAAUAAUGACCACAGUGAUUACAUCUUCUGUUGGGUACACACUGAUGUUCCACGUAACACGCCUCAAAUCAUCUUAGAUCAACUUCAGGUUGUGGUGGAAGUAUCUGAGGAGCAUAUGUACAUUUUUUGGACUACAGUCUGCUAAAGAAGUCAAUAUACACCAUAGUUUAAAAUAAUAUACCACAAAAGAAUUUGCUGAAAAGAAAUUUUGCACUAAAGCAAAAAUGAUGACCUUGAUUAUUCUGUCAAGUUCGUCUUGUCAACAGUAGGGGGCAGCAGUGGAACACUAAAUCC